GGGAAGGAGAGAAAGAUGAGAGGUUACCCUCUCUCAGCUCUCAUGGAUAUAUUAAUGCUCCUGUUGUUCCUUCUGUCUGGAGCAGCUUCUGGCCUGAUUGUGGUAACAGUGGACCCUGGAGAUGAUGUCAUUCUGCCAUGUCGGGUUGCUGGUUCCUCCAUCAGAGUCUUGGAGUGGACCAGACCUGACCUGAAGCCAGAUAUCGUCCUCUUAUACAGAGGUGGACACUUGACUCCAGAAGAACAGAAUCCAUCCUUUAAGGACAGGGUGGAGCUGGUGGACAGAGAUCUGAAGGACGGAGACGUGUCUUUAAUUCUGAAGAAUGUGAGCAGACACGAUGCUGGAACAUACAAGUGUCGAGUUAAACCAGCUGAUACUAACCAAAUCACACUCAUCAGAACCAUCCGUCUGCAGGUUCCAGACCUGGUUGUGGUACCAGUGCCUGGAGAUGAUGUCAUUCUGCCAUGUCAGGCUGCUGGUUCCUCCAUCAGAGCUGUAGAGUGGACCAGACCUGACCUGGAACCAGAGUACGUCCUCUUGUACAGAGAUGGACACCUGGAGACAGACCACCAGCAUCCAUCCUUUAAGGACAGGGUGGAGCUGGUGGACAGAGAUCUGAAGGACGGAGACGUGUCUUUAAUUCUGAAGAAUGUGAGCAGCAUCGACAACGGGACAUACGAGUGUCGAGUUAAACCAGCUGGUUCAAGACGGAAAAAGAGAGCCAUCAUCAACUCUGAGCCAAUCAGAAUCAUCCGUCUGCAGGUUAGAGACCCAGCAGGUUCUGAGUGUGGAUGUCCCAAGGAUGGAAACUCCACGAAUUAUGUUCCUGAGGAUGGACCUUCCUCUCCUGGAGGCCUCCUCGUUAGACUGGCAGCAGGUGUUCUGCUUCUUGUAGCUGCUGCAGUGGUUGGUGUCCUGAUAUAUAGAAGACGUAAGAACAAGAGAUCAAGACAACCUGCUGCUGCAGAUGAAGCAUUGGGUGCUCGUCUGACAUCUCCCAGAGCUCUUAACACCUGACUGCUUUCUCAUGUGUUGUAAAUAUUCAACACUUUCUACUUUCUUUGUGUUUGCACAUCUGCUGUUUGUUUUUUCUCAACCAAUAUCUUCCCUCUAUGAAUCCCACAUACUUUUUUUCAAGUAAAAGUUCUGUUACUUUUAAAGACAAUAAUGUGAAUCUCCACCUUAACGUGGUGGAGGGUCUGUGUACCUGAUGAGUCUGGGAUCUGCAUUAUCUGGACCUCUGAGAUCCUCUAGGGUCUCCAUGCUGAGAUGGUCCCAGAGGAGGGUCAGACUGAGAGAUUCACUUCAGGAGACAGAAACUAUGCACUUUAACUUUAACUACCUUUUUCCUCAAGUAAAAAUAAAAUUACUUGAUGCUUGUAAAAUGCAGUCAGAUAAAAGUCAGUAAAAAUGUACUUCAACAGAAGAGAUGUUCAGAUAAUUUAUACUCUGCUGCAAUACAGACAUAUUUUGCUCCAUUAAACUGAUUAAAUGUGUAAUCAGCGCUGAUGUAUCAAUAUAAGCUUUAAAUUGAAAAUUAUCUUUCUUUAGUUGUAAAUAUCAGCAGACGGAGCACCCACCAGAUAUCUUCUAAUCAGGUGUAGAGAGAUCUUCAACAUGUCUUCUGUUUGGUGUUUUGGUAAUAAUACAUUUUAU